GAAAUACAUAAUUAUUCAGUCACUUAGUAUCUCUCAAAUUAUCUCUCUCUUGUUCGUCAUACUCAAAUCUAUUUUCAUACAGUCAUCAUCAUUGAUCCUUGUACUGAGAAAGAAUGGCAUCGAGACCUGGUCUUCUCACAGACUGGCCAUGGACACCACUUGGAAGCUUUAAGUAUUUGGUGUUGGCGCCGCUGGUUAUCGACAGCAUCUACUCAUACGCCGCGACAACGCGAGAUCACGAGAAAAUUUUGGUAAUGGCGCUAAUGGUGUGGCGGAUUGUUCAUAGCCAGGUUUGGAUAAGUUUUUCCCGUUACCGAACAGCCAAAGGAACCAAACGGAUCGUGAACAAGUCCAUAGAGUUUGACCAAGUCGACCGAGAACGAACCUGGGACGAUCAGAUCAUCUUCAACACUCUCAUUGCUUACUUAGUCAAAGUGUACCUGAUAGGAACCGAUACCCUUCCCUUUUGGCGACUCGAUGGUCUGGUUCUAGUCGCUCUCCUCCACGCGGGUCCGGCUGAGUUUAUCUACUAUUGGUUUCACCGAGCCCUUCACCACCACUUCCUCUACUCUCGCUACCAUUCACAUCACCACUCCUCCAUCGUCACCGAGCCGAUCACGUCGGUGGUACAUCCUUUUGCGGAGCACAUUGCCUAUUCGCUAAUCUUGGUGAUGCCUCUAGUAACGACUUUUCUAUGCGGCACAGUCUCAAUCGUCUCCUUUGCACUCUACAUAACUUACAUAGAUUUCAUGAACAACUUAGGCCACUGCAACUUCGAGCUCAUUCCGAGAUUUUUCUUCUCUAUCUUCCCUCCUCUUAAGUUCCUCUGCUACACUCCUUCAUUUCACUCGCUCCACCACACACAAUUCAGGACGAACUAUUCUCUAUUCAUGCCAAUGUACGACUACAUCUAUGGAACCAACGACAAGUGCAGUGACUCAUUGUAUGAAGCAUCGUUGGAGCAAGAAGAGGAGAAGCCGGACGCAAUUUAUCUCACACAUCUAACAUCACUCGACUCUAUUUACCAUCUCCGACUUGGCUUUGCUUCCCUCUCCUCGCACCCCUUAUCUUCUCGGUGUUACUUAUUACUCAUGAGACCGUUCACUCUGAUGCUCUCAUUCAUACUAACUUUCCUCUCUUUUAGAAGCUUUGCCUUCGAGAGAAACCGCUUCCGUGAUCUCACUCUUCACUCCCACCUCCUUCCCAAGUUCUCGUCUCAUUACAAGUCGCAGAAGCAGAAAGAAUCUAUCAACAAAAUGAUUGAGACGGCUAUCCUUGAAGCGGAGAAGAAGGGUGUGAGAGUGAUGAGUUUGGGGAUACUGAACCAGGGAGAAGAAUUAAAUGGAUAUGGAGAAUUGUAUGUAAGAAAGCAUCCUAAGCUAAAGAUAAGGAUAGUAGACGGAAGCAGUCUUGCAGCUCAGGUUGUGAUUCAUAGUAUUCAUGUUGGCAUUAAAGAAGUUCUAUUUCGAGGCCAAAUCACAAAAGUUGCUCGUGCCAUUGUCAGGUCUCUUUGCCAAAAUGGCAUCAAGGUGAUGGUUUUACAUGAGGAAGAGCAUUGCAUGCUAGCCGAAUUCCUUGGCGGGCAUUGUAUGGAAAAUUUGAUCCUCACAACCAAUCACUCCCCAAUGAUAUGGUUGGUGGGAGAUGGGCUAAGCAAUGAAGAGCAGAAGAUGGCAGAACAAGGAACUCACUUUCUUCCUUUCUCUCAGUUUCCUCCUACUGAACUUCGAAAAGACUGCUUUUACCAUACCACUCCGGCUAUGAUCAUCCCUGACUCUGCCCAAAACAUAGAUUCUUGUGAGAAUUGGCUGGGGAGGAGAGUGAUGAGCGCGUGGAGAGUUGGUGGGAUAGUGCAUGCACUUGAAGGAUGGGAGGAACACGAGUGUGGUCUUGAUGUUCCAAUGGUUAACCCUCACAGAGCUUGGGAAGCUGCUCUUCGACAUGGUUUCCAACCUCUGGUGUUGCCAUUUCUCUGAGAUCAAAAAGAGUUUGUAAGAAGUAAACCGUAGCUUCUGUCAACUUAUUGCAUUUGUCAUUUUACUUACUCAUACUUCAAGCUUUUAGAACCCAAACCUCUUUUAUUUUAAAAACCAAUAAUGUUAUGGAUGUUUUUUAUUGCUAAAGUCACUUGUGUUAGUAAUAAAAAUAUCGAAUCUACAGUUGAA